CUCGUGAUCGACGAAGUGAGCAUGCUCGGGGGAGCCACUCUAUUCAAUGCCAACUGCCGCCUCCAGACCCUCCGCGACUGUCCUGAUAAGCCAUUUGGAGGUAUUCCGGUUGUUCUCUUAAUGGGGGACUUCUAUCAAUUUGCCCCCGUGCUUGAGACAAGUCUCCUGGUCGACCGGAUGGUAGAUUUGGCUUACAUGGCCUCCCUGGGACAGGCGGCCAUUGCUCACCACCGUGGCCACAAUCUAUGGCUGAUGUUCAAGACCGUCAUUCUUCUCGAGGAACAAGUCCGCGCGCGAGGCGAUCCUCAGCUAGGUGCACUUUUGGACAGAGUACGCGCCGGAACUCAGACCACAGAGGACCUUGGCCUGCUCAACACCAAGCUCAUGGUCCGUUCCCAGAUCACCUUCAAAGGUGGUUUGCGCGCCAUAACACCGCUCAAUCGCAACCGGUGGAGCCUCAACAUGGAAGCCGUCGUAGACUGGGGCCGCUUUCACCGGAGACACAUCUCGGUCUUCGUCUCGACCCACACCUGGCGCAGUCGAGCCUUAUCACAGCAGGAGGUGGCCCAGACCAUCGAACAAGGCGACAAUUCCAAUUGCAAGAUCCCCGGGGUCUUUUUCUACGCCCAGGGUAUGCCUGUCGUUGUCAACAAGAAUACAUAA